CCGGAGUUGAGAGGCACGAUCGGCGCUGAACAAGAGAAUCGCCGUUUGGAGACUCGAUUCGCGACUUCAGUGGCCUAUAGAAGCCCGAGAGCGGCGAGCGACAACUGCUUCAAUCGUAUGAGGGGAACUAAGGACUUAACCACUGAAAUAUGCUUUUUAAAAUUAAGGGACAUUAUUGACCUGAAUAUUUUUUUCUUGAUUUCUAAUUAAAAUUAUUUAUUGUUAUGCACGGAUAUAACACACCAAAAAGAUGAUUGAGGACUUCAACCUGAGCAGGAGAGGCGAGCUUUCCGCUAAAACAAACGCAGACGGAUUACAGUACAUAGGUUUCAUCUGAUUUCCGCUUGGUUUUGGAUUAUAUCGGCUGUUUUCUUUGGAAUGGAGGGUCGUGAUUUCUCCGCUCCAGCACAUCUCCUUUCAGAGCGGGCCACUCUAGUGCAUCGCGCCGCCUCUCGCAUCUCCUCCUCCGGCCACGGCUCUGUGCAACAUGCGCCUCAUUUUCCACCCGGGAAAUAUUAUCCAUCCCAUUUACCGAUGGCGGCGCAUUCAGGCAGUGGACUGAUGGGCAAUUCCUCAGCCUCCUUCAUGGGGACGUUCCUGGCCAGCAGUCUAGGCUCCCCUCCCUCACACCCACCACACCCCUCUAGACCUCCGUCUUCUCCCUCCUCUCCUCCUUAUCGUGGGGGUCCUCACUCCAGUGCUUCUCAGAUCUGGUUCCCCCACUCACAUGAAGCAGUCCCAGGGUAUCCUCGCUUCUCAGGGAGUCUAGCCCACACCUUUCUUCCCAUAAGCCAUUUGGAUCACCAUGCCAACAGCGGGGUUCUCUAUGGACAGCACCGUUUUUAUGAUACACAAAAAGAGAACUUCUAUUUAAGAAGCCUUCCGUCCCAGCCCCCACUCAUCUCAGCCAAUCACAACAUCCAGCCUAUGUCAAGGGCAGGAUCAGGACAACCCCAGGGCUCAUGCAGCAGGGACAGAGAUGCAGGAAGUGGGGUGAGCCUACACAAGGGCCUUAAAGAGCCUAGCUUAGACAGAGGUGUGGUUUCAGCUGCAAAAGAUAAAGACAGGUCUAGUAGUAAACAUGAUUCUAAAGACCGUCAUCACCACCAACUACCCCAUCAUCACUCCCAUCAACCUCAGCUCCACCCACAACACCCAGUCACUAUGGAAGAGAUGAACGGCAGGGGACACAAAGUCACUCUGCCUAUGGAGUACAAGGAGCAUCCACAAAGCAUGGGAAAGCCUCUUAGUGCCUGUCUGCUCAAUGGGAAGAUGUUAAAUGGGGACCAUGGGACUGGGGCAAAGGGCUCCAUGACUACUUGCAGUGGGGAUGGUGUGGGUAGAGGUAAUGUAGGGUCCAAUAAUGUCCAAAACAGACAUUUGGGUGGUGGAACUAACGGGCGCUGUGGUAAAGAGGCAAUAAGUGGGGAGAUGCGGAUCAGUGAACAGCCUCCUACGGACUGUCUAGAGCGUGGUCAGGCACUGCACCAUUCUCUGUCCUACUCAGUGCCUCCUCCACUGCCCAUGGCCUCAGCUGCUGGAGGGGGGCAUCCAGGUGGCUUCCACUGUCUACAGCUCCAUCCUGGCCACCCCCAUCAUGCACACCACAACCGCCACUCACACCAUCACCCUGACUUUUUCUGCCCUCCACCGCCAGCCCCCAUGGGAAAUGCUUCCUUACAUGAUAAAGCGAUCAAUAGUGGUGGAUGCAGAGACCCCAAAGUGACUGGAGCCACAUUUGUUCCAUCUGUUAGCCACCUUGGGGAGAAAACCGGAGGCCCCUUCCAGAUGGGCAGCUCUGAGUGCCAGGGGGUUGGGGGCGGAGGGAACAGUGUCAAGGACAAGGCAAUGGAAAAGACUGGCAAUGGGGGGCAUCAUGGUAACUGGCCCAGGAAACAACAGCAACAGCCUCCAACCCAGCAGCAGCAUCCUUACAGAAAAGCUGAAAAAGCCCCUGACUGGAUGCAUAACCACAACCACCACCAUCACCUGCAACAGCAGCAGCAACAACAACAACAACAACAGCAGCAGCAGCAGCAGAGUCAUUCCCAGCAACACCAGACUGUGCGUUCCCGCAGUGCUGACUGCAUCAACAGUAUGGAAACGGACAUCUUCAGAUCUACACUAACUCAAGAGACAAAGGCUGUCCAUCCUUUACCCAAUCAACCCAACACAAGUUCCCAGCCCUACAGGGACUGCUCACACUCUGGGCCUCCAACCAUUUCCUCACCUCUUGCUGGAAAGAACAUGGCCCAGCACAUGGGUGGAGGAGGACAUGGAAGCUGCUCUAUGCAGCGAGAUGGACAGAAGGUUGCCCGCAUUCGUCACCAACAGCACAAUAGGGCUGGCCCGGAGACCCCUGGCACAGACAUGUCCCAGGCUAAUGGAAACCAAGAGAUGAAGCAGAAGAUGGAAAUUCCUUACGGCUACAACAAUAGUGCACAUCAUCACCCACAUCAGCAGCCAUCAGUGCUGCAUUGGGACAUGCAACCCCAUCACAUCCACUCUGAAGAGAACCAGCACAAAGCUUACAUGGAACCUAACAGUGGAGCUGCCAACAACAGACCGCCUACACAACAGCAGCACCAGACAGCAGGAAUGGGCCCCCCUCCUCCUCCCCUUCAUCCAGCUCCUCCUCAAAACCAGCAGGAGGUCACAAGCUCACAGGGGGAGAGCAGUGCUAUGAAGAACCUUCUGAAAUACAGCAACCAGCAGCCUCUCCUCCUGUCCCAAAAGAGCCCAUUUGGAGGGCUCGGGAACCUCAAAACAGGGCCAAAUGGCACCAGUUGCUCUCUUCAGGGAGGCAAGCAGACCCUACCCUCCAGGAAAGGCCAAAGCCAUGAAAACGAGAGAGCUGAUUGUGGGGGACGGGGCCGAGAGAUAGGUGAGGCCCCACAUGUAGAGGGGGAGGUUCGACAGCCUCCAGUAGGGAUUGCAGUUGCUGUGGCAAGACAGAGAGACCCUCCAUGCCAAGCAUCAGGCAGCCAUCCCAGCAGUCGACAGGGGCGGGUGCACUCCACCAUGAAAGGCACUGCACGCUCCAUGUAUCCUUCAGAUUCACCAGGAGAGGAGGAGAGGAAAAGGACAAGUGUAGAGCACAUGGGCCACCGGUGCCUAGAGAGAGAACGAGACGUGUUUAUCAGGGAUAACAAGGAAAGAGUGGAAUUUGCACACAUCCAUCCCUCUAACAGUUGCCAUGGUGACCUCACCUCUCAUAUCAUGGUGCCAGGUGGCACUUCAAUGCAGUCAAGCCAAUUAGGAGACCCAGCUGCACAUACACACUCUGCUCACCACCACUGGAUGCCACGCACAGGAAGUCCCUCCCUCUGGAUGACAGGUCACUCUUAUGGUAUUGGCCACACAGCUCUCCAUCAGAAUCUCCCCCCUGGGUUCUCUGCAGCUAUGCCUGCCCCUCUUCAGCCAGUUCUGCCCCUGCCCCAGGACCCCUCCACCCAACUGGUGGUGCUGCCCAGUGAGCCUGCCACCCACCCAGCUACCCAUCUUGAUGUGAUGGAGCAGUCUGGUCUGUGGCCCCCAGUCUACAGGGCCCGAGGGGCCCACUCCCACAUGCAGCAUCCUGCUGUGUAUCCUCGCUCACAGUUUCUACGGCAACAAGAGCUUUAUGCUCUCCAGCAACACCAGCAGCUGCAGCAUCAGCAACACCCCAGCCAUCACACGCCACCACCUCCAUCACAAAGAGCAGCAAACAACAUAGAGCUACAGCAGAGAACCAGAGUCGACCACAGCCAGGUGCAAAAGAAACCAGAAGAGCAGAGCAUGGAGUUAGAAGACAUCCUAUCUGAUCCAAGGACUCCCAAACCUGCUAAGUGCUAUGCCUAUGGCCCAUCCAACCGGGCCUCCUCACCUCCCAGGGGCUCUACUGCCCACUUGUCACCCUGCUGCCAGUCCCCUUGUAUGCGGCCUCACCCUAAAAGCACACCCUCUACUCCUUGCCCUGCCCCAAGUCCAGUAGCUGCAACACCCCGCUCACCAGCCAUUAGCCCUUCCCCAUCACAACUGCCCAAAGCUGUGGAGUCCCAGGAAAAGAGGGUGGAAGGGCAGCCGCCACAAGACUACCCUCAGUCCAUGGAGCCUGAUUUGCCACCUGGAUAUACCUAUCCAGAAAUCAACAUGGGAUAUAGGAAUGGCCCCACCACUCAAGACAUACAGCUUGCAGAACCUGCUGAUCUAGAGGAUGUUCGGACUGAACCUGUUGAACACUCUCCUCCAGCUCUUUCCAGCUUGGGAGAGGGCCUAGAAUGUCAUGCAAUGGUAAGGCCACUCCAAGAGCCACAAGAGCCAACAAUGGAAGUUAAUGCCACUAGCCCAGUCGAGGAACAUCCUGAGGGUGUGUUUGUGCAAGGGGAGGAAAUGGAGACAGUCAUGGCCAUGAGAUGCUGUGAACCCGUAGAGGCUAAUCAGGAAAAGGAGCACGCUGAGAUCAUUUGCACAACUGCUGAAGUUUCAGACUGUGAAGAAGGACAGAUACCUACCUUGUCGUCUGAGGAAGUAAUCCAUCAAGAAGAACCAAUUGUUACAUUUGAGGAAGAAGUGAGUGAAGAUAUACUUCCUCCAGAGAGCGAAGGCAAUGAGACACUAAAGGAACAGGGACCUCCACUACCACAACCAUGCAUCUCUGAUUGUUCACCCAAACAGCAGCCAAACACCACCGCCCAAGCAGAGGUAGCAGUGGUUGAUGAGGAGGAUCAAAAGGAAAACCGUGCAGAGGUUCCAUCUCUAACCGGGAAUACCUGCUCCCAGAGUCUCACUUCAAGUUACUGGAGUCUGGAGCUCCUCAUUGCUGCAGCCUUCUGUGGAGACUGUCCUCCUCCCUCUCCACCUUCCUCCUACCAAUCCCAGAGAUAUUGCAGCCCACUCAACUCCACCUAUCACGGCAUGGAACUGCUGAGUGAAUUGGCUGAUCUGGAACUGCAACGGUAUCACCAAAGUUGCAAUAAAACUCCAGGAGAAGAUCAAUGGAUUUUUGAUCUGCAGAGUCUUGCUACUUUGGCAGCAGCUCGAGCCCUUGAAUUGGGCUCACAGGAUAGCGCCACCACAGAUGCUGAGAUGCAGUAUCCUGCUAGAAGAACUCUUAACUUGCGCAGAAAAUGCAGCUGGACACCCCGCCAUGAGCCAGUGUGUCCAGUGAAAGGUGCCAUGGAUAGUAUGGAUGGACAGGAGUUGGAGAUGCGGGUGAGGCUGGCAGAGCUGCAACAGCGUUACAAAGAGAAGCAGAAAGAACUGGCCAAACUCCAGAGAAAGCAUGAUCACCAGAAAGAGGAGACUCCUCGUAGUCCAGCACGUCGAGGUCCUGGUAGACCACGCAAACGAAAAUCAGUCCCUGGUCUUGGCUCCGGGGCGCUUAAUGAACCCCAGAAAAAAGUAAAAUUGGUGGGGGCGGGCCUAAGUCCACUAGCAGAGGAGCACCGGGGAGGUGGAGACUCUCAGAAGAAGAAGAAAAAAUUGUCCAAUCGAGGGUUUAGCCGUCUCAGCUCUACACAGAUGAAGUCACAGUGUUACAGGAAGAAUAGCACCCUUGAUCAACAAAUAAGUCAUCUCAAGCAGAAGGUCUCAGGUGGACGACAUACAUCUGGAGCUGCGUCAAGAGACCGAGAGUUUUCCUCAACAUCUAAGAACCUGUACUCUGGCCACAGUAACUCCAAAAGAGAUUCCACACAGCUCAGCGCAGCCAAUGAGUCUGAGAGCCUGAGCGAUACAGCCACGAGUGGGGACAGCGGGACACAAGAGUGCUGGAAGAGGCACGAGCCAGUGGCAGUUAAAAGGGAAAGGAAGAAAAGUCCUGGAUCAGCAGUUUGUUUGCAGCAGUCAGGGGCCAGGAUCCCGCAGGGCAGGGGACAGGAAGUGGAUGAGGACGGGGAGACAUCCCCCCUAGAGAGCGAGUCCUCUGAGCAAGAAGAAGAUGAAGAGGAAGGCAGUUACGGCAGCGAGGAGGGCCAGGACAUCAAAGCUCCGGCGUUGAGGGAUCUGUCGGCUGUUACAGGCCCCUCCCCUUUCUCUGUUGUCAAACUGGAAGCCAAUCAGAAGGCAAAGAUUAAGCGGGAACGACAAGAACUUUAUGGAUCUCAGUAUCGUGCUGUAACAGAAGGGGACGUGAAGGUGAAACGGCGGGCCCCCUGUAGAUCCGUCACCGUCCCCAAACCACUAGGUGUCAGAAGGCGACCAGGGAGGCCCAGACUGCAGGACAAACGCUGGCCUGGGAUCGCGGGCAGGCCGGGUCAUUACAGAAAGAGCAGCAGCCUUCUCUCAUUUCCCAGCAGCAGCAGCGAGAGGCUGAAGAGAGCCACAAGGAAGAGCUCCAUGCUGAGAGCCACGAGGAGAAGUUACUUAUCGACCGAGGCCCAGUCGCCAGACAGUGAUGAUAACGGCAGUACUCGGAGAACCAGGCUACGAGAGUCUAAAGGUCGAGCGGUCAGCCGUCUGAUGGAGAGUUUUGCAGCAGAUGAGGGCUUCCACCUGGGUGAGGACAGUAGCUUCUCAGACGAGGAUGAAGAGAGGAAGGUGUCCUCAAAUGGCAGAUUUGCUCCAGCUCCUCCGAACUGUGUUCUGACCAAAGAGCUUCUGACCGAUGGACUCAAGGUUCUGAUCUCCAAAGAAGAUGAACUACUGUAUGCUGCCCGUGUGCAAACUCUGGAGUCACCUGAUGUCUACAGUAUUGUUAUCGACAGGGAGAGAGGAAACCGACCCAGAAUCUACUCCCUGGAGCAGCUCUUGCAGGAAGCCGUACUGGACGUACGCCCUGACACUGAGACUGUGCUAACAGAAGGGACUAGAGUGUGUGCUUACUGGAGUGAGCGCUCGCGUUGUCUUUACCCGGGAUAUGUGCGAAGGGGUGGUGAUGAAGGUAAACCUGGUGGGGUUAUGGUGGAGUUUGAUGAUGGAGAUAGAGGGUGGAUCUCUCUCUCUAAUAUUCGCUUCCUUCCUCCUGGAUAUCAAAUCCAAUGUGCUGAGUUGAGUCCUGUGCUUGUCCCUGAGGGGCAGCUUGGCAAAAAUAGCUAUAUGCAAGAAAGCAGGACUGCAAGAACAGACAGAUACAAAACUCAGGACAAGCCAGUCAGAAGACCAGGGAGGCCUAAAGGUUCAGGGCUAAAGAAGUCUCUCUUAGACAGUGUAGCCAAGAGCUCAGUAUCUGCUUUGACAUGGCCAUCAGUGGCUGCACCCAGGAAGAGAAUGCCUGUUAACUUUUUCCAGCUCAAUGGCUCAGCUUCGAAGAAGGCCUUGAAAGGCAGGGUGGCGGAAACAUCCUCUCGACCUUCAGUAUCCAUGACGACACCAACCAAAGGCCUCUUUAGCAGUAGCUCUUUUGAGGUAGACUCCUUCAGCAGCAUAGCUAAUGGUUAUUCAUCCUUUGGGAGCCAAACAUCUGGGAUUUCACUAGAGGGCAAGAACACCUCUUAUGGUCAAAAGAAGAGGACUGAGGAGCCAGCACCACCUCGGGGCAAGAAAGCAGAAUUUCUAGUCAAAUUGGACCAUGAAGGAGUAACAUCUCCAAAGACCAAGAACAGUAAGGCUCUCCUGUUGCUGGGAGCCUCAGGAUUUGGCUCCAAUGGUGUAGGUGGUCUUCCCAGGGCAGAGGCUUAUUCACACCCAGUUCUACUGGUCAAGGACAACAGGAGAGGUGAUGGCUCACGAGCAGAGCUCCUGCUGAAAGGGACAUCAGUCCAGAGGAAGCCCCCACCAUCAAUGCCCAUGAGUGAGUAUGGAGACUUGAACAUUGGCUGCCACAGAGACUGCCACAGCUCUUACUCAGACAUGGAUGAGGAAGAGGAAGAGGUGAAGAGAAGGACAGGUAGUGCUGCACUUGCUUCUGCCUCUGGAGGUUUGAGAACAGCUGGCCAAUUUCUCUCACGCAUCUCAGUUUCCUCAUCUUCCUCAGGUUCUUCCAGCUCCUCCAGCUCAGGCUCUCUUUCGAGUUCCAGUCUGUGCUCUUCUGAAAAUGACUCAUCUUACAGCUCAGAGGAUGAGGAAAGCUCCACGCUGCUACUCCAGAGCUGCCUGACCCCUCACCAUUCAUUGCUCCAGACCCCUGAACCCCCUGUGGGACCCCCACGGCACACCUUUGUGGCCAAAGCUGUGGCCGUGUCCACUGCCAAAGAAGGGCAUAGCAACCACAGUGCUAGCAGCAAGCCACUGAAGAGGAAAGAGUGUCCUAGUUCACUCUCCAAAACCUCUAAAGAUCUAGUUAAGAGGCAACGGCUUCUAGCAGACCAGACCAAGCCCAGAGUGUCACCCAUCCUGCCAUCAAGACAGCUGUGGAGGUGGUCAGGAAGCCCCACACAACGCCGUGGACGUAAGGGAAAGGCACGGAAGCUUUUCUUCAAGGCCAUAGUACGUGGCAAGGACGUGGUGCGGGUAGGAGACUGUGCUAUGUUCCUUUCUACUGGGCAGCCUCAUUUGCCAUUGAUCGGCCGCAUUGAGAGUUUCUGGGAAUCGUGGCAGAACAGUAUGGUCGUGAAGGUCAAGUGGUUCUAUCACCCUGAAGAGACCAAGCUAGGCAAGAGACAUCGUGAUGGCAAACAUGCCUUGUACCAGUCAUGCCAUGAGGAUGAAAACGACGUCCAGACAAUCUCUCAUAAGUGCCAGGUGGUCACACGUGAGGAGUAUGAGCGAUUGACCCGCAACAGAAAGUCCGAUGGGAGCUAUCAUGACCUGUACUACCUGGCCGGCACCUACGACCCCACCAGUGGGCAGCUGCUCACUGCAGACGGGAUGUCCAUACUCUGUUAGCACUGGACUUGCAUGUCUGCGUAUACUACUGAGUUGUCUUUGGUCCAAAGUCAGAGUUGCUGCAUUGCAAGUAAGAAGCUGGGGGGGCACUGGACGCUCUGACAGGAGGACCAGGAGGUAGACUACCACCCUCAUACCCACAAACCGUCUACUCUGGGAAGAUAUCUGCAUGAUCCUCUAGCGAUACCUUAGAGUAGAUGCAGUUUUUCCAUGGUCCUAAUUCUCUUCUGAGGUUAUCUAAUGGACAUAUUGUGGAUAUAAUUUUCUAUGAACCGUUUAUCUGAUCUUAGAUCACCAAAGCAAAACUCUUGGUUUGGAGAACAUGGCGGAUGACUGUGAAGACUUGAGCCAUGUUGUAGGCGGUGGCGGUGUUGGGCGCUCUCCGCACGUCACUUUCAUGAUUCCAGGGAUAUUUAAGUACAUAUAAGUAAAUAUAUAUAUAUAUAUAUAUAUAUAUAUAUAUAUAUAUAUAUAAUAUAUAUUAAUUUCAUGUAUGUAUAUAUAGGGAAUUAUUUCCUAUCAAGCCAUACACUUCAGUACCUCUUAACAUGUCUUUUUAUUCAGGUGUAUAUUGUACAGGACAGGUUGCUUGUUUUUUUUUUUUUGUUUUUUUUUUUGUGUGUGUGUUAUUUUUGUUGAUGUCUAUAUGUAAAUAUUCAAAGCUAUUUUAUAUAAGUGUAAUGUACAGAGGCUUAUCUUGCCAUGUUUUGAUUGAUUUAUUUUUGUAUAAGUGGGUGAUCUAGUAGUUGUUGAUUUCUGUGAGAGGGUGAACUGAUGAUGUAUGCAUUGCACUGCACACGGCCUGCUGAUACAGUGAGAGAGGAGGCGUCCCUGCCCUGUUCUCUAUUUCAGGGAGAGGGGUUACAUGGGAUGCCAUCCUUUUAUCGGCUGCACUUUGGGCAUUUGUUCCUCUAAUGUCUUACUCCAAUUUGUUGUUGCUUAUGUUUGCAGACUCAACACUUUAAUGUUAAAACAAAGGGAAACAAGUAUUGACACUUUAAAAUCAUUCUACAGAUUUUAUUAUGAGUAGUAAUUUGACAUGAGUGAUUGAAUUUAAUCAUGUGAGUCUACAAAUAAGGAGAGUAAAAGGGUGAAUCUCAUAAAGAAAUGUCCAGGCCAUAAUUCACUUCAAAAUCAUAAAGAAAUUCUUCGCUUUGCAUAAACUGAUGCAGUUUAAACCCCCAAACUGUCAUUGCUGUAAUGUGGGAAAAUUGUCAUUCCCAUAAAUAUAAUACAUUCAUAAAAAUCAGAAAGUCUACCUGGACACAAUGAUUUGUUUGUUCCUGACCGAAUUUGUGAGAUUCACCUAAAACGCUGGUAUGUAAUACCAGAAGAACCUGAAAAAGAAUUCCGACAUGUGUUAUUACUGUAUCUGAUGCAUUUCUUUUGUUUUCAAAUGCAUCCUGCACUGUAUUUACAUAUUUCUUUGCUCAUUUUUAAAUUUAGCACCCAUCAAAAGGGGUAUUUCUGCUAACGGUGAAAUACACCUGAUUCUUUAUCUUAGUAUCCCAGGGUCAGGGCACUAAAAGCAAGGGAUUGUUCGAGCACUAGGCACAGCUGGAGUUCGUAGAGAAGUUGGCGUACAGUCAGACUGUACUCCAUGCACUCAUUUUUCACUGUGAGGGACAAUCGCAUUCAUGCAUGAAGGAGCAUCCACUGUUUGAAAGGCUCACACAAUCACAGCAUUCUUCUUUUGUGCCAAAAAUGGUCGUUUCUGAUUAUGCAAUCUUCACUGUAUUGUUCAAGUAUUAUAUAUAUGUAUUUUUUUUUUUUUUAAGUUGUUUUAUCAUUAGUGUUUAUUUAUUGUCAGUGUUACUGUUUUAUUACAAAACCAAUGGAUCAUGAUGAAAAUGUCUUAUUUGCCGCAAUCUAUUUGACCCAAAAAUGUGGCACUAAUGUUCAUGUGGCUUGAGCUACAGUCAGACCUUCACCUCUUGCCACCCCAUUGACAACUGCUCCAGCCCUGCAGGGGAAGUGACGCCAUUCACUGACCCCUCUGUUUCCUGACCGUUUACCCCAUCCUUUUAGAUUUACAAAUGGACUACCAGAAUGUCCCCAUGGUCACGUUUGGCCUUGCAACUUGCUUAUUGCAGAGAGCCCAAAAGGAAAGCAUAUACAAGGCUAUAUUUAGAAUAGCAUACUUCUCUUUCUGCUGGAGUAUAUAGUAUGUAUGCUGUACACAGAAUGCAUAUUUUCUGUAUACCUGGAGGACCUACAGUACCACAUUUGCCAAAAUGUGCAGUAUACAACAGAGCACGGAAUACUGUAUCCCACAAUACAGUGCGCUCAACUUGACCUUUCAUUUCCAGUGUGAUGUCUGAACCAGAAGCACAGCUCUCUCUUUCUUAGCUCAUCAUUUGAUCAGAAAGCCAAAUGUAAAUUACACACAAAAUUGGGUUUUUAUUUUCAAUAACUUGCUGCAUUAAACAAGCACUUGCUAUUUUCAAAAAAAUAGCAAGCAGUAAACAGUAUACACUUCACUGUGGAAGCUUGUUUCCGCCACUGAAUAAAAAAUAAAAAAAUUGCGACUUUUUAUCUCACAAUUAUGAUUUUUUUUUUCUUCUCACAAUUGCAAGUAUAUAUCUCGCAAUUCUGACUUUUUUCUCAGAAUUGCGAGAUAUAAACUUGCAAUUGUGAGAAAAAAAAAGUCAAUUACAAAGUUCAAUUCUGAGGGGAAAAAAGGCUGACUUUUUUCUCAGAAUUGUGACUCUAUAUCUUGCAAUUGCAAGUUUAUAUCUUGCAAUUCUGACUUUUUUUCUUGCAAGUGCAAGUUUGUAUUUUGCAAUUCGGACUUUAUAUCUUGCAAUUACGACUUUAUAGCUCACAAUUCUGACUUUAUAACACGCAAUUGCAACUUAAUAUCUUGCAUUUCUGACUUUUUUUCUUGCAAUUCUGACUUUUUUCUCAGAAUUGCACAUAUGUAUCUCGCAAUUCACACUUUAUAUCUCGCGAUUCAGACUUUACAACUCGCAAUUGUGAGUUAAUAUCUCACAGUUCUGACUAUAACACGCAAUUACAACUAUUGCUCACAAUUCUAACUUUAUAUCUCGCAAUUGCGUGUUUAUAUCUUGCAAUUCUUACUUUAAAAAAAAGUCAGAAUUGUGAGAUAAAAAGUCAUAAUUACCUUUUUUAUUUUUUAUUCAGUGGCGGAAAAAAGCUUCCAUACUUCACCAUAUUUACUAAGUACAAAGCUGAUAUUCCAUUCUGAAUAUAGCCUGGGCUUAUGACUUGUUCCCCAUUAAUAGUUUGACAUUAUAAAACCAGUAUAAUUGAUAUGUAUUAGGAUUUGAUUAGUUUUGUUUAUUUAAAAAACUAAAAAAAACUUGUAAUCAGAGCAAGGUUUAUAUAAAAUUGUCGUGUGUGUGUGUGUGUGUGUGUGCGCGCAAGUAUGUGUGCCUUUUUUGUACUCUGCCUUUAUGUUUGACUGUUUUGACACAAGAGGGCACUGGAUAGAGUUGUGAAUGUACUUAGCAUACGUUAAGCAUGCAUAUUAUCUAAGGACCUGUCUGUAAGUCACACAGCUCUAAUCGUUACACACAGAUUCAGAGUUGCUGUUAGACACAAUCUCCUUUUAAAUCAGGGGAGAAACUUAAUUAGUGUUCCCAAAUGAAGGUCAAAAGUGUUUUGUUGCAGAGGGAGCAAGGAUAUUCAGGUCAGCACGUCUGAUAUGUUACAAGAGCAGGUCACUUGUUCAUGGCAAAGGUGCAAUACUACUUUGGCUAAAUAUUUGAACGGCACUCAGCAUUUCUAAGCUUUUUGCAAAGGCUGGUGGGUAACAGGAAGUGAUAAGGAGGACGCAGGAACGUCUGUCCUACUAAGCAGCUUUCUUUAUGCCAAAAGGCAUGUACUUAAUAUUCCGCUUGUCCAAGAGUCUCUGAUACAUGAGAUGUUCUAACUUUGUUAAUGAAAAAUUAUGUAUAUCUUUAUAUCUGUUUAUUUUGUUCCAUUGUAUUUUUUUCUGUUCUUUGCUUUGAAACAUUGUAAAGAUUGUACAUGUGUAAAGUAAGGUUUGAUUUUGGGGUAAACAUUUUACAAAAAAAAUACUUUAUGAGUAUCAACUGUAAACGUGGUUUAGUAUUACAAUUUUUUAUAGAGGGCUUAUGAAUAAAUAUCACAUUAAAAAAAAAAA